GGCGCCGCUCUGUCUCCAGGCGAAAGCGGAUCGGCUCGGGCUGAGAGGAGCGGAGCUGCGGAGGAGGAGCACAAGGUCGGCUAGACAUCCGGCUCUGUCUCUGCACCCCUGAGCUGGCUGAGACUGAGCAGUAGAGACUGAGAGACACUGAGCGAGAGAGACCGAGCGAGACUGAUUGAGAUUCGUCUUGGUUGUUUGUGUGUGUCCAACUCCUCUUUGGGCCCGGGACGGUGUGUGUUUAGCUGCGGUGGUCUCUGGCCCCCGGAAUGAAUGUUACCUCGCUGUUCUCAUUCACCAGCCCUGCAGUGAAGCGCCUGCUGGGCUGGAAGCAGGGCGAUGAGGAGGAGAAAUGGGCCGAGAAGGCUGUCGAUGCGCUGGUCAAGAAGCUGAAGAAGAAGAAAGGGGCGAUGGAGGAGCUUGAGCGGGCGCUGAGUUGCCCCGGGCAGCCCAGCAGCUGUGUGACCAUCCCACGUUCGCUGGACGGCAGGCUGCAAGUGUCCCACCGCAAGGGCCUUCCGCACGUUAUUUACUGCCGCGUGUGGCGCUGGCCAGACCUGCAGUCGCACCACGAGCUCAAAGCCCUCGAGUGCUGCGAGUUCCCCUUUGGAUCCAAGCAAAAGGACGUGUGCAUCAACCCCUACCACUACAAGAGAGUGGACAGUCCAGUUCUGCCACCAGUUCUGGUGCCUCGGAACAGUGAAUUUAAUGCCAAGCUGUCCAUGCUGCCACGCUUCCGUAACCCGUUGCAUCAGACGGAGCCGCAUAUGCCCCAGAAUGCCACGUUCCCAGACUCCUUCCCCCAGCAGCCAGCCGGCAGCCUGCCGUUCACCCCCAGCUCACCCACCAACAGCUAUCCGGGUUCCCCCAACAGCGGUACAGGAAGCUCUGCCCCAUUUCCCCACUCUCCAUCCAGCUCGGACCCUGGCAGCCCUUUCCAGAUGCCAGAAACUCCCCCACCUGCAUAUAUGCCUCCUGAGGAGCCGAUGACACAGGACUGUCCUCAGCCAAUGGACACCAACUUGCUGGGCCCCAACAUGCCUCUUGACCUCAACAACCGGCCAGAUGUGCAGUCGGUGGCUUAUCAGGAACCUAAGCAUUGGUGCUCCAUUGUGUACUAUGAGCUGAAUAACCGUGUGGGAGAGGCUUUCCAGGCCUCUUCGACCAGCGUGCUGGUGGACGGCUUCACUGACCCUUCCAACAACCGCAACCGCUUCUGCUUGGGCCUGCUGUCCAAUGUGAACCGCAACUCCACUAUCGAGAACACCCGCCGCCACAUCGGCAAAGGUGUUCACUUGUACUACGUCGGGGGUGAGGUGUAUGCUGAGUGCCUCAGCGACAGCAGCAUCUUUGUCCAGAGCCGCAACUGCAACUACCACCAUGGCUUCCACCCCACCACCGUCUGCAAAAUCCCCAGCGGUUGCAGCCUCAAAAUCUUCAACAACCAGGAGUUUGCCGAGCUGCUGGCCCAGUCAGUCAACCACGGCUUUGAGGCCGUCUACGAGCUGACCAAGAUGUGCACCAUCCGCAUGAGCUUUGUGAAGGGCUGGGGUGCGGAGUACCAUCGGCAAGACGUGACCAGCACCCCCUGCUGGAUCGAGAUUCAUCUCCAUGGGCCGCUGCAAUGGCUGGACAAGGUUCUGACGCAGAUGGGCUCUCCUCACAACCCCAUCUCCUCAGUGUCGUAGACCUUCAGCUCAUGGGACCCUCUUCUUUUAGGUUCCCAUGCAGACGAGUGGGCGAUUGGCUAGUUGGGGAGGGGAGGGCGGGGUUUGUACGCUACUUGAAGGCAGUUUGAACGGGGGCAUACGAUUUGACUGGCUGAGGGCAAGUCCUCAGUCAGCAAACAUCUGGAAGAUACUUGAUAAUUUUGUGUGACCAAGCAUAUUAAUUAAUGAGGCCAUCAUACUUGUGGCAAGUAUCCUCCUCUGGUCUUGUAAUAGCAAGUGGUUUCUUUUUUCAAUUCUUCUCCUUUUCCAGAACACAUCGCAGUAUUCCA